GCCUUACACUCAUUGCUGCUCCAGUCAGAAUGUUGCGUGUGGAGCUGUGUGUGGUGUGUGUGGUGUGUGUGCAGGUUGGAGGGAUUCUGAUGAGCAUUACUCAGACCGCAGGAGAUGCAGAAGCUCAUCAUGUCUCGAGUCCUCUGAAGGACGAGCGUGUGUCUGUGACCGGAGGGCAGACGUCCCCCAGACGUCCUGGCGUGUCUCUCAGGACGGUGUCUGUGAGCUGCAGUCCCUCUGCCAUGGAGGUUCGCGUUAAAGCCGACCUAUUUAAUGUCGGAGCGCCGAUCGAUCCUGAACACGUGUCUGUGGGAGAGUGCUGUGGUGUGACCAAUGUCUCGUCUGAGGAGUUCAUCAUACACACCACUCUCACUGACUGCGGCACACGCUACUGGAUGACGUCCGAUUCCAUUAUUUACACAAACAUCCUGGUGUACACUCCGGUUCCCUCUGCCCACGGAGUGACGAGGCAGGAGAAGACCUCCAUCCCUGUGGAAUGCGUGUACAGGAGGAGGUUUAGUGUCGACAGUGUCUCGCUUGUCCCUGCUUGGCUCCCCCACUUGAGUGCGCACUCUGCUGAACACGCCCUGCACUUCACUCUGCAUCUGAUGACCACUGAUUGGCUGGCAGUGCGAGAAGGCGUGUACUUCCUGGGGGACGUGAUAAACAUGGAGGCGUCUGUGUUUGCACCUCGGCUGGAGCUGCAAGUGUUUGUUCAGGACUGUGUUGCUACGGUGAACUUUGAAGAGAAUUCAGGACCCAGAUACCAGUUUAUACAAAAUGGGUGUUUCACAGAUGGACAGCAGACAAGUUCCAAGUCCCGCUUCCUUCCCAGAAUUCAAUCUGAUAAACUCCGUCUUCAGCUCCACAGCUUCAUCUUCAGACAGGUGCACAGUGCGCAGAUCUUUAUUAGCUGCAGUCUGAAAGCUGAUCUCCAGAGCUCUUCCUCCAGCAGAGCGUGUUCCUACAUCCAGGGAAGUUGGGGGUCUGCAGACGGUGAUGACUCUGUGUGUGAAAGCUGUCAGACCUACAAUCAGUUUGAACAGAACGUUACUGAAAGCCGAAACCACAGGCAGGCUGAAUCUUUACAGAUGGAGACCGGAGAACCUGAGCUCAGAACUUCUGAAUCAGAGUGGACAGACCCAGGACACACGGACGCGCACGGUGUGCAGGCAUUGCAGCAGAAUGUGCGGGUCGGCCCACUGUCUCUCUCCCCGUGGAGCAGUGAAGUGUCGCCCCCUGCAGUGCUGGAGGGAGUUCACGUCUCUUACGUUCCUCCGAUUAUGCAAGGGAACGCCUUUAGGCUGGCAGCUUCUGACACCAGGGUGAGAGAGGAGAAGGUUGGGUCGGGGAGGGGCGUUCCUACAGAACCAGACAUGGGUGUGUCCUUGGCCACACCCACACCUGAGCAUCGCUUGACUGUGACUCCACUCGUGUUCACUUCACCAGAAACAGUCAGCACCGUGUUCGAGACCGACUUCACAUCAGCAGUGGUGACUCCAGAAACCCCUGUUGAUGUUCCUCUCACUGAUCCUGGCACUGAUAACACGGAGACACACAGCACAGACCUGAACUCCACACGUGGUGAUGGCCUGGGGUGGGGUGGGGCUGGUGGUGUGGUAUGGGACAUGCCCUCUCCAACCAUGAGAGUUUGAGAAAUAAACCUGAACCAAACUGA